ACCGCCGUAUCUCGUUAUAUCAAAUUUUAGCACAGCGGUCACAGAAACCCCUCUGUCGCCCAACCAACCUCACAACGUCUAGGCGGCUGGUCACUAACCUUAAGCGCAAACUCAUCCACCCUUAACCAAACUUCGUGUCGAACUGGUUUCGAUUUCCUUUAACCUUGUUGGACUGAGCAGGUCGCAGUAACACUCGUUCACUUUCUUCGGUUCACGCAUUCAGCAACUUUGUGCUGUUUCCUCGCGUUCUCUUAAUUUUAUUUUUUCACCAAACGUUAAUUUCGUGUUUUUCGGAAAAAAUGGUUUCUGCCGACAAAAAUUCACAGACGCUAGCUAAUGCUAUCGAUAAACUUGGCGAGGCGUUCAACGCUGCCGUUGAAGCUUGCAACGAGCUUAAGCGGUCGCUUCCGCAAAUUUUGGCUGAAAAAUUGCCCGUGCAGUCUCCUCGUGGCAAGGGAACCCCUAGAAAGCAAACAAAGAAGGUGAUUGAAGAGCACAUCCCUUCUGACGAGGCUUCCGACGAGGAAGACGAUAUGACUUUGAAGGAGGCUGUCGCUGCGAAGGCUAAGGGUCUUCGUGAGGCAGCAGCAGCGGCAGCAGCGGCUGCCGCCUCCUCUACCGCUGGAAAGCGGAAAGCGAGGGACCCUAACCAACCCAAGCGUCCCCCUUCCGCUUACAUUUUGUAUCAGAAGGUUCAGCGACCUAUCGUUCGCGAGAGCCUGGGUGAGAAGGGAAACGACGUCAAGGAGGUGAACAAGGCCUGCCACGAAAAGUGGGACAGCCUGUCUGAGGAGGAGAAGAAGCCUUUUGAAGAAGAGGCCGCUAAACUUCGCUCGGAGUACGAGAAGAACAUGGUCACCUUCGAGGCAAACAAGGAGAAGGAACAGGAACAGGGAGCUGAAACUGUUCCCACCGAAAACAAAGAGGAGCACACAGCUGCCGAGACGGAAAAACCAGAGGCAAACGAUAGUUCUUCUAGCUCUCCUUCUUCUUCCCAGGAGGAGUCUGCUACUGCUCCCGCUGCACCCGAAAAGCCCGAGAGUGCCAGUGCUCCCGCUACUCCUCGCGGUAAAAAGUCCAACGAGUCCGCACGUGAGAGAAAGCGCAAGCACAAGAAGAACGCUGCCACCGCUAACGCUACACCUGCUGCUUCUCCAGCUGUUGGCAAGAACGAACCUCGUGACAAGAAGAAGAGACGUAAAAGUGAGCCUCAUUCGAACAAGACGAAAUAAGCUACACUUCCCAUCUGUACACUAAUACCGACUGAUCCAUAAGUCUCAUCUUCACGAGUUGUACACACACAUACGGUGGUUCCGCCAUCCCAUGGUUCCAUCUUUCACCACUCACAACUGAUGUGCUGUAGACAUAAAUCGAAUUCAACAAGGACCGAACACUUUUGGUAGCUAAUAGCAAUAUACAGUUUUUGAUAUAAGCAAUCGGGGCACGCCCAUAUACCGUUUCUUUACUGGGUU